GGGGGCCGGGCUGCCUGUGCUCACUGCUCCGGCUGCUCCGCCAGCGCACACCCAGCACGAGGCGCCCGCGUCCCAGCAGCUCCGCUCAGGAUGGUCAUCCGCGUCUACAUCGCCUCCUCCUCCGGCUCCACGGCGAUCAAAAAACAGCAGCAAGAUGUGUUAGGCUUCUUGGAAGUCAACAAGAUUGAAUUUGAAGAAAAAGAUAUUGCAGCCAAUGAGGAGAACCGGAAAUGGAUGAGAGAGAAUGUCCCGGAAGAGAGCCGACCAGUGAGUGGAAACCCAUUGCCCCCUCGAAUCUUCAAUGAUAGCCGAUAUCUUGGGGAUUAUGAAGCUUUCUUCGAAGCUAGAGAGAAUAAUGCAGUGUAUGCUUUUUUAGGCUUGACUGCUCCUCCUGGUUCAAAGGAAGCUGAAGCACUGGCGAAGCAGCAAGCAUGAAUUUCAACUGCCUUAAAUGUUCUGUAAAGGGAACUUCCACAGCUUUUUAUAAAAUAGAAAAUUGUCUCUGCUUCAAGAAAAAUAGAUUUAAUUUCUAACGUUUUGAUUGGUGCUUGCAGCAUCCACGGUACAUGAAUAUAAAUUUGAACACGGUGAAUAUGGGAACAUUAGGGUAGAGAGCAUGGAAGACACUAUUGCAAAGUUGGAAGCAUAGGUAACUGAAUCAAUUAGAAAUGAUUGAUUUAAAGUGGUUUAAACUAUGUCUGGGCAAUUGCGUCCAUUUUUGUAAACUUAAAGAAAACCUAUUUUAGUACUAAUUAUGCAGAUAAACUUACACCUAGAGAUCCAGCUAUUUAAACAUAGGAGAAAACGAGCAACAACAUAAAACCUUAUCAAAUAACUCUAGUGCCUGAAUUGCCUCAAAUGUUAUUGAACAUUACAAAAGUACAGUAACUUCUCAAUGUCUUUUUAAAUUGUGGCUUAAAAUGAAAUUCUAAGUGUUGUGUAGCGUAGUAACCAUUGUAAUCGCGUAUGGAAAUUGACAUUUGUUCUUUUGUAGAAUGAAGAUUUAAAAUUGUAUUGUAACACAUUGUACAGAUCUUUAAAAAAAAAUUUGCCAUGUAUUUCUCAUUUAAGCGACCAAUGUGGGCCUUUUCCACAAAAAAGAGAUUGAGCAGUGGAUAACAUUUCCAUUGGCACGUUCACCACAUAGCUCUCUAACCAUGACUUGAUUACAUGUUUGUGUGCUAGAUUUAGUGCACUUCAAUGAAAUACAGUAUGGACUAAUUCCUAGGCAGUAUCACAAAUAAGCCAAAAUGGCCAGAAAUGGCAUUUCCUUACAUGUGUAAGAGCUAAAGCCUUUAAUGUAAUAUUCUACAAGGUCACGUUGUUUAUAGUUUUAGGCAUUUGGUUGCAUGUUCUAGAGGUUACUAGUUGAAUAUAGUAGUUUUUCAUAUGGGGAUCUAAAAGUAAAUGUUUGAAUUGUAACAAGUAUUGUAAUUGAGUGUGGGGGGUUUCUUUCAAGUUUUAAAAGUUGAUUUGUAUUGCCAUGGAAUUAGUGAAUCCUAUUAAAGAACAGCAUUCUGUAUCAGUGAAUUCACCAAGUGCAAUAUUAACCCAUUCCAUGCCUUAGGUAUACAUCAGUUAUUUGGCAAAGGGGAAUUCACAUAGCCUGCAUAUUAUGGCCAUCCACUGGAAAAUCAUGAAGACUGAUUUAAAAUCCUAAUCAUAGGUGCACCUGAUGUGGUAAGGAGUAGUUUUAAAAUUUACAUGUGUGAUUUUUAAAUAUCUUGCACAGUAUAAACCACUCUUGCUUCCUGAAUGCAUCGACACCAUAAAACCUGUAGUUGCGGGGGCAUUCUACAAGCACAGCACACAAAUUUUAUUUUCAUCUGCUUUAUAACAACAUAGAAACAGGUGGUAUAGAUCAGCAAAAGACUUAUAAAGGUUUUAUGCCGCUUGCAAACUGUAGCAUAUCAUGGCCAUGCAGUUACUUAUAUUGAUGCAAUAAAAGUUAUGUAGUGCUUUAAAAUGCUUCCUGAGACAUUUAUAAUUCUAAGAUCCAAAAUUAGUGACAGGAUAGAAGUAAAGACUUAAUUAUACUCUACAACAGAAUAAUUAAAUAUUUUCCUCUUGCCAACAUAUUUCUUUUGGGCUCUGCAUUUCCCCAGCUGCAAGAAGUGUCUUCAUCAACAACUAAAUAAGUAGCAGAGAAAUGUUUUUUCUUGCACAGUUGUGAGAGCAGUCUGGCUCCCACACAGUCAAUGGCAAAAUUCCCAUAGAUUUCAGCAUGAGCAGGACUGGGCCUGUAAUGGUGUUUGGAACCUGGCUAGUUACAUUAGCAUUUAGUCCAUAGUUUUUCUAAUUUUGAGCCUGGGAAUAGACACUUUGUAGUUUCUGCUUACAGAUGCCUGACCCUUGUCCCUGUGUAUAUGAAAGUAGGACAGUUAAAUGUUGCCUAAUCUUCAGGAUGAACCCAUAGCAUAUUUUGUGCUUUCUUUCUAGAAGGCUUACUAUUAAUUGCUGGGGAGGGGAGGAGACUAUUUUUGGGUUUUUAAUUUUUGUUGUUUUAAAUCAAGCGUCUGCCUUUCAUGAUUCAGCAUGACUUAGUCUUUUUAUAUAAGAUCUCUGGUAUUAUUGGCAGUAUCUCUUCUAUCCCUAGACCUACUAGACGAGUUUGAGGAAAUGAAUAAGAAUAUUGAAAGGAGUUUUGUGAAGAAAAUGGAAUUUGACACACAGGUUGCUAUACUCCUGCUGAUUCGCUGUGUUUCCUGUGUAAACAAAAUGUGGCAUUACUUUUUGUGAAUUGCAUCCAUUAUUUGAAGAAGCUAUAACUGAAAAUUAUUGCCAAAUUUUGUCAGUUCAGUGACACAAAACAUUCUGAAACAAGGUCAUCUCUAUUUCUGAUCUUUGAGAAAGUUGCCAAGUUUUAAGAAAGCAAUGUCCGUUCCCCCUUCCAGACCCUCUUCUUUGCCAGAUGUUAACACUCAAACUGCAUCUGCAUUCCUGAGGAAGCAGUAUGAAGACAGGGAUUGGCUUAUUUUUUCUGGAGUCUGAGGGACAAAGCAUGAACAUAAACUGAAAAAUAUCUAAGUGGUGUGUUCUUGUUUUGGCCUGUAUGUAGAACUCACAGUAGUAUUAAUGUAGAUUUCAUGCAUGUGUUUAGGAGUGACAGAGGUGAGAAUAUACCUGUGUGGUGUUCUCAACACAUUGGUUCUGUGGUUCACGUUACUAUGUUUUUAGGUCAAACAUGGAUGUUGCAUCUUAAGAAGAACUUGUUCAUUUCUUCCUGCCCCUGUCAUUUUUUUCCUAUAUAGAAGGUAAGGUGACGAGGCAUCAAACUUUCUUUCUUACUAAUUAUUAUGUAUCAUUCCAAUAAAAUUGUUUUAGAAUGUUUUCUCA